AUGGCCUUUCUCUGGCUCCUCUCCUGCUUCGCCCUCGUGGGGGCCACCUUUGGCUGUGGAGUCCCUGCCAUCCAACCUGUACUGAGUGGCCUGUCCAGGAUUGUCAAUGGUGAGGAUGCAAUCCCUGGCUCCUGGCCCUGGCAGGUGUCCCUGCAGGACAGCACCGGCUCCCACUUCUGCGGGGGCUCCCUCAUCAAUGAGAACUGGGUGGUCACUGCUGCCCACUGUGGGGUCAGCACCUCCCACCUUGUCGUGGCCGGCGAGUAUGACCAGGGUUCAGACGCCGAGAACAUCCAGGUCCUGAAUAUUGCUAAGGUCUUCAAGAACCCCAAGUUCAGCAUGCUCACCAUCCGCAACGACAUCACCCUGCUGAAGCUGGCCAGGCCCGCCCGCUUCUCCCUAACCGUGUCCGAAGUCUGCCUGCCCAACGCUGAGGACGACUUCCCUGCUGGCUCCCUCUGCGUCACCACGGGCUGGGGCAAAACCAAGUACAGUGCCAUCAAGAUCCCUGAGAAACUGCAGCAGGCAACCCUGCCCCUCCUGUCCAACACCGACUGCAAGAAGUACUGGGGCAGCAAGAUCACCGACGUGAUGGUCUGCGCCGGGGCCAGCGGCGUCUCCUCCUGCAUGGGCGACUCUGGUGGCCCCCUGGUAUGCCAGAAGAAUGGAGCCUGGACCCUGGUGGGCAUCGUGUCCUGGGGCAGCAGCACCUGCUCCACCUCCACACCUGCCGUGUAUGCCCGUGUCACUGAGCUUGUGGCCUGGGUUCAGAAGACCCUGGAUGCCAACUGA